CUCUUCCCUGAGCCUUCCCCAUCGGUGGAUGCCCACAGGGAUGGAGAUCAAUGUUUGCAGCGCAGCAAUGCCUUAUCGGCAACCUUUAAUCUUGUUUGCUCGGACCCUCUGUCCAUUGGGCAGCCAGGCCCCGGCUCCCCCCAGGACAAGGUACGCGACCGCGGCACACGGUGCUGGCUCAGCACAUACCGGGAGUGGGGCAGCCGGUGUGUCUCCGCCGAGCCAGAGCACGUCCUGACCCUACAGCCAGCGCCAGGCGAUGGAGGCGGGCGAAGGCACAGAGGAGACCCCGCUGCCUCUGGUGCUGACACGGUUUCAGCUCUCCGAGGAGUACGGCUUCCUUCUUCCCGAUCCUCUGACGGAGCUGCCGGCACCCUACGGUCCCUGGAUGGAGAUUGCCCAUGACCUGCCUCAGCUGAUCGCGAGCCAUCGGCUCCGCUCACAAGUUCACCAGAUGCCGCAGCUGAGCACCCGGCACCUCCGAGGGCGUGAGGAGCUGCACUUGGCGCAUCUGGUGCUCAGCUUCAUCACGAUGGGCUACCUCUGGCAGGAGGGCGAGGAGGGCACCGUGAAGGUCCUGCCCCAAAAUCUCGCUGUCCCCUUCUGGGAGGUCUCGCAGGCCCUCGGCCUCCCCCCCAUCCUCAGCCACACGGACUUUGUGUUGGCCAACUGGAGGAGGAAGAACCCCAACAGGCCUCUGGAAAUUGAGAACCUGGACACCAUCAUCUCGCUGCCUGGGGGAGAGAGCCUGCGAGGCUUCAUCCUCGUCACCCUCCUGGUUGAGAAGGCGGCUGUGCCUGGGAUUAAGGCAAUCAUUCAGGCCAUUCGUGCCAUCCUGCAGCUUGAUGAGGAGACCCUGCACAAAGCCCUGCAGGAGCUGGCAGAGGCCAUCGGGGACAUGAGCAAGGCUUUGAAACGGAUGCAUGACUAUGUGGAUCCAGCAGUAUUUUAUGCUGUGAUCCGGAUCUUUCUCUCCGGCUGGAAAGAUAACCCCGCCAUGCCGGACGGGUUGAUAUACGAAGGUGUAUCUGAUGAGCCCAUGGCAUACUCGGGAGGGAGCGCAGCACAGAGCACCAUCCUUCAUGCUUUUGAUGAGCUCCUGGGGAUUCGCCAUAGCGAGGAGAGCACUGCCUUCCUGCACAGGAUGAGGGACUACAUGCCCCCACCCCACAGAGCCUUUGUGGAGGAGAUCCACCGUGCCCCCUCCCUGAAGCAGCACGUGCUCUCCUCUGGAGACGCACGGCUCUGCACGGCUUUCAACCGGUGCGUCUCGGCACUGGCAGAGUUCAGGUCCCACCACAUCACCAUCGUCACCAAGUACAUCACCGUCGCGGCGGCCAAAGCCAAGGCUGGGCAGGCAGACCCGGGUGACAGGGCUGGCCCCUCUGCGGUGAAGCCCCCAUCCGCGCUGGAGGCCAAAGGGACCGGCGGGUCCCACAUCUUCAGCUUCCUGAAGAGCGUCAGGGACACCACCAGGGAAGGGAUGAUAAGUGCCUGACUUGCCCUGAGGGUUUGCAAGGCACUGCUGAAAGCGGGUGCAGAAGGCCAAAGGGCUCCAGCGCAUGUCUGCAGUGCAUGAGCCAACAUCCGACCACAGCGACCUUCACCGAAAAACCUCCUCUCAGCAGCACCCUUCCCGCAUGCAUCUGGGACAUGGGGAACGUGCUCUGGGUUGUCGAGGGAGGAGAGGACUGCUGCUGAUAACCCCCCAAAGGCACACAGCGAGCGCAGCAUCCUUCCACGGCACCGGGAUGGGCACAGCAUCCUUCCACGGCACCGGGAUGGGCACAGCAUUGUUCCGCAGCACUGGGAUGGGCCCAGCAUCCUUCCACGGCACCAGGAUGGGCCCAGCAUCCUUCCACAGCACCGGGAUGGGCACAGCAUCCUUCCACAGCACUGGGAUCAGCACAGCAUCCUUCCACGGCACCAGGAUGGGCACAGCAUCCUUCCACGGUACCGGGAUGGGCACAGCAUCCUUCUACAGCACUGGGAUGGGCACAGCAUCCUUCCAUGGUACUGGGAUCAGCACAGCAUCCUUCCACGGUACCGGGAUGGGCACAGCAUCCUUCCACGGCACUGCAAUAGGCACAGCAUCCCUCUCCGGCACCAGGAAGAGCUGUGUCCGUCCAAGCCCUGCUUGCUGCACCCCUCCAGGCUCUCUCUCUGCGACCCCCCCCGGGGGUCGGGGCUGCCGCUCCGCUGCGGGGGCCGCAGGGGGGGCUGGAGGCGGCUGGGGUUCCGCGGCCCUAAUAAAGCAGCGAUUCCCAAA